ACGGUCGUUACCUAAACCAUUAACGGAUCGUAAUUAAUCCUUUAAAAGUUAAUAUUCUAAUAAUAAUUAAUUGAAUUAAAUUUCAUUAUAAAUUAUUACUGAAACAUAGUUAUAUUUUAAAUAAUAAUACACAAAAGUGACGUCAAAAUGCAUUCAAAUAUAAUAAAAGUUUGUGCAGCUUUUCUCUUUAUUAUUAAUAUGGCAGCAACAGCAAGUUUAGGUUCAACAACAACUGCUGAAUCAAGUUCAGGAUUUUCAAGAGAUUUAUAUGAAAAUAUAAUUACGCCGGGACAAAAAGAUAAUGUUGUUUUUUCACCAGCAUCAAUUCAAACUUGUGUUGCAUUAGCAUAUUUUGGUGCUAAAGGUAAUACUGAAUCUGAAAUUUCAUCUGGUUUACAUCUUGGUACAUCAGAUAAGGAUGUUGUAGCCAAAAGAUUUUCCAAUUUAUUAACAUCUUCGAAAAGCUCUACUCAAUUGGCUAUUGCCAAUAAAAUUUAUGUUAAUAAAGAAUUGCAUGUAAAAAAAGAUUUUAAUUCAAUUGCAAAAGAAGCAUUUCAAUCAGAAGCUGAAUCUGUGGAUUUUACAGAGAAUAAUAAAGUUGUUCAAAAAAUUAAUAGCUGGGUUGAAAGUAAAACAAAUAAUAAUAUAAAAGAUUUACUAAGUUCAGUUGCCCCAGAGACAAGUAUGAUUUUGGUAAAUGCAGUUCAUUUGAAAGCUACAUGGAAAUUCAAAUUUAGUUCAUAUUCAACACAUAAAUCUGAUUUUUGGAUAACUCCAGAUACAUCAGUAAAAGUUGAUACCAUGUCGAAUGCUGAUUAUGGUUAUAAAUAUGCUCAAUGGUCUGAUUUAGAUGCUACUGCUCUAGGAAUGCCGUAUUCAGAUUCAGAUCUUGAAAUGGUUAUUGUUUUGCCAAAUAAAAAAGACGGCCUUGCAGCUUUAGAGAACAAAUUAAAGAGCGCUGACAUUUUGAAUUUGGCAAAUCAAAUGAAAACUUAUGAUGUCGAUGUUUAUUUACCAAAGUUUAAAGUUGAAUCAAAAUUCAAACUCAACGAUGCUUUAUCCAAGAUGGGUAUGGCCACUAUGUUCAGUGAUAAUGCUGAUUUUAGUAACUUAUUUGAAGAAAAAACUCCAGUUAAAGUAUCAGAAGUUGUACAUAAAGCUUUUAUUAAUGUUGAUGAGGAAGGAACUGAAGCAUCUGCUGCUACAUAUAUGAAAAUUGUACCGAUGUCAUUGAAUUUGGAUCAAAAACUAUUUAAAGCCGAUCAUCCGUUCCUAUAUUUCAUUAAGAAUCAAGAAUAUAUUUACUUUAUGGGUCGCGUCGCAAGCUUCUAAACUACAUACAUACAUACAUAUGUGUAUAUGCAUUUUUGUUAAACGCUAAACAUAAUUAAAUCUGUUCUGUGUUGUAAAACAUUUACAAAUACUAUAUAUACGUGCAUUUUUUAUUUAUAAAUAAAAAAUUAAUAAAA